AUGGAGGUUGUUGUUGUGGAGGUCUAUAUUGUUGUGACUGAGCUGGAGAUUGAAAUUGGGUUGGCCCUUGCUUUUGAAAUCAAUACCAUUCCCAUUCCUUCUGAUGUUGAAGUGAAUGUCCCUAACAUUCCAUCGAGGAAGAAGCCUACAACCAACAAGCUUGCUACUAGUAUUCCUGAAGUUCCCAUUGAUAAUGUGUCAUUCCACUAUGCCUCUAGUGCCAGCAGAUGGAAGUAUGUACUCCAAAAGAGAUUGGCUGUUGAAAGGGAAUUGGCUCCAAAUGCUCUUGAGAACAAAGAGGUCUUAGAGCUAAUUCAAGAAGCUGGACUUCUGAAAAAUGUCUGCAAACUACCCAAGUGUUAUGAGAAGCUGGUUAAAGAGUUCGUGGUGAACUUAUCUGAAGAAUAUGGCAACAGCAGAAGUGUGGACUUCAGAAAAGUGUUUGUGAGAGGUAAGUGUGUAUCAUUCUCUCCGUAUGUGAUUAAUAAUUUCUUGGAAAAAACAGAUGGAGCUCAAACUGAGCUUGAAGUAACAGACAACAAAGUUUGUCAAGAGAUCACAACCAAGCAAGUAAAUAGCUGGCCUCUAAAAGAGAAACUAACUGCAAGUAAGCUGAGCAUCAAGUAUGCAAUGCUUCACAAGAUAGGAGCAGCCAAUUGGGUGCCAAGAAAUCACAAGUCCACUAUUUCAACUGUACUUGGGAGAUUUAUAUAUGAUGUAGGGACAAAGGCAAAGUUUGAUUAUGGAUCAUAUAUUUUUGACCAAACCAUGAAGCAUGCUGGAAGCUUCAGUAUUAAGGGUCUGUAA